AGCAACUCUGUACUCAAUCACGAGAACAAAACCUGAAAACAAAACUAGUCAAAGAAUAGGGAACGAGUCAAAUAUUAGAGUCUAGAGAAAACGCAAGUGAGAUCUAAUGGCAGAUAAAGAAGAUGAUGUGAAGCUUCUAGGGUUUUGGGCAAGCCCUUUCACUCGUAGGGUCGAGAUGGCUCUCAAACUCAAAGGCGUGCCUUACGAGUACUUGGAGCAAGAUAUUGUCGACAAGAGCCCUUUGCUUCUCCAGCUAAAUCCGGUUUACAAGAAGGUUCCGGUUCUUGUCCACAAAGGUAAAAUAAUAGCCGAGUCACAUCUGAUCCUCGAAUACAUUGACCGAACAUGGAAGAACAAUCCAAUUCUUCCUCAAGAUCCUUACGAGAAAGCUAUGGCUUUCUUCUUGGCUAAGUUCAUUGAUGAACAGGUCGGACCAGGAGGGUUUAAGUCUGUGAUAAAAGCAGACAAGGGAAGAGAGGUUGCAAUCGAGGAGGCUCGAGAACUCAUUAACUUUCUUGAAAAGGAAGUAACCGGAAAAGAUUUCUUCGGCGGCAAGACAAUCGGAUUCUUGGACAUGGUCGCAGGAAGUAUGAUUCCGUUUUGUCUAGUUCGGGGUUGGGAAGGUAUGGGAAUUGAUAUGAUUCCAGAGGAGAAGUUUCCAGAGCUAAACAGAUGGAUCAAGAAUCUGAAACAAAUUGAGAUCGUGAGGGAAUGUAUUCCUCAUAGAGAGAAACAAAUUGAGCAUAUGAUGAAAGUUGCAGAGCGACACAAGUCGGCGUAAGAGACUUAUAUGUUUGUAUGUCCUUUUGUUGAAUGAACUAUACUAAAUAAAGUUAAUAUGUAUCGGCAAAUAGAAAAGAAGAAAAUGU